UUAAACUAUGUAACCUUAGAAUAAUCAGAACCCCUAAUAAAUGAUUCCUCCUAUCUAAUAAAAUAGUCCUCCAAACUAAUAAAUUACUCCUCCUAUAUAAUAAAUUAAUAGAGAUUAAUUAGAGGAGCUACUUCAAAGAGGAAGAGAUUAUCUAAAAUCUCUAGAAUAUAAAAAUUCAAUCUAAUCUUUUGGAGAAGUUCUAAAAUUAGAGCCUAUAAAUAUUUAAGCUAAAGUAGGUUUAAGUAAAUAAAAAUAUUAAAUUAGUGAAUGCUCUCUAAGAAAUGAAUUACUUUAAUUCUUCUUUAUUGUUUUAGAGAAAAAUAUUUGAAUAGGAUCCAUAAAAUUUUGAUGCUUUAUUAAAUCAAGGUAAUUCAACAUGUUUUAAAAAAUAGGAUUAAUAUUGUAUAAUUAUAAAAAAUACAGUGAAUCAAUUGAAUAUAUUUAGUAGAAAUUACGAGAUAAUUAAUUUGAUGGAGAACAAGAAAAAAAACUGUUAAAAUUGCUUAGUAAACCUUAAUGUUAUCAAAGGCAAUAAUUUUAUAGAGAAUGAUU